CCCUCCCCGCGGCGGGCGGGCGCCCGCGGCGAAGAUGGCAGAGGAGCGGCGGUGAGGCUCCGCCGCCGCCCCCUCCAGUCCCCUUCCCCGCGCUCCGCCGGGGGAAAGGGCGGUUAUCUCCCGUUAAGGGAGGGCGGCCCUUCCGCGGUAGGCGUGUGUGAUGGUGCGGGCAUGGCGGGGCAGCCGGCGGCCGCGGCGCUGCUGAGGCGGGGGGCGGUUGGUCCCGGUCCCGGCGGCGGCGGCGGCAGCAGCCAGCGGGGGCUGCCUCGUUCUCCCGCCCGCCCGGCGACCGCCUCCCCCCGCCGCGACCGGCGCUGAGGGAAGGAGGGAGCGCCUCGCCGCCUCGCCUCGCCUCGCCCCUCGCCGCCGCCGCCAUGCUGCCCGGGGUGGGGGUGUUCGGCACCGGGCUGACGGCGCGGGUGAUCGUGCCGCUGCUGAAGGCGGAGGGCUUCGCCGUGAAGGCGCUGUGGGGCCGCACGCCCGAGGAGGCGGAGGAGCUGGCCAAGGAGAUGAGCGUCCCCUUCUACACCAGCCGCAUCGACGAGGUGCUGCUGCACCAGGACGUCGACUUGGUCUGCGUCAACUUGCCGCCGCCGCUCACCCGGCAGGUCGCCGUCAAGACCCUGGGUAUUGGAAAAAAUGUCAUCUGUGACCGAACGGCGACUCCCCUGGAUGCCUUUAGGAUGAUGACUGCAGCUCAUUAUUACCCAAAGCUCAUGAGCAUCAUGGGGAACGUUUUGCGCUUCCUACCCGCUUUUGUGAAGAUGAAGCAGCUGAUCCAGGAGGGUUACGUGGGGGAGCUGCUGGUGUGCGAGGUGCAGGUCCACAGCGGCAGCCUGCUAGGCAAGAAGUACAACUGGAGCUGUGAUGACCUGAUGGGAGGUGGGGGCUUGCACUCAGUUGGCACCUACAUCAUCGACCUCCUGACCUUCCUCACCAGCCAGAAGGCCGUGAAAGUGCAUGGGUUGCUCAAGACCUUCGUGAAGCAGACGGACCACAUCAAGGGGAUACGGCAGAUCACCAGCGACGACUUCUGUACGUUUCAGAUGGUCCUGGAAGGCGGCGUGUGCUGCACGGUGACGCUCAACUUCAACGUCCCGGGGGAGUUCAAACAGGACAUUAUUGUGGUGGGUUCGGCGGGACGGCUGAUUGUGAUAGGCACCGAUCUCUACGGACAGAGCAACAGCUCUCCUCAGCGGGAGCUCCUGCUGAAGGACUCCACGCCAGUCAGCAACUCCUUACUGCCGGAGAAGGCUUUCAGUGACAUCCCCUCCCCCUACCUCCGGGGCACCAUUAAGAUGGUUCAAGCUGUCCGGCAGGCGUUUGAGGACCAGGACGACAGGAGGACCUGGGACGGGAGGCCCCUUACGAUGGCGGCCACUUUUGACGACUGUCUGUACGCCCUGUGUGUGGUGGACACCAUUAAAAAGUCAAACCAGCUGGGGGAGUGGCAGAACAUUUCCAUCAUGACCGAGGAGCCGGAACUGAGCCCGGCAUACUUAAUCAGCGAAGCCAUGCGGAAGAGCAGGAUGUCUCUCUACUGCUAACUCCUCUCAGCUCAUAGGAAAGAAUAGGAGCCAGACAGCUCUUGGAGGAAAUGGUAAUUCAGCCCCUGUGAAGGGCUUGGGCGUCUUAGAAACAGCUGAGGAUACAGGAGAAGGAAAUACAGUGUUUGGAUCAACUAAAUCUGUUGGUGGCUAAAUGCCAAAGUGAUAAGGUCCUUAGAAAUGCCCAAAACAGAUAGGAGACGUAAGAGCUGACAUAACUUAACUGUUUUAAUAACAGUAUUAGCUGGCUGAUUGGAAAGAUUGAUCAUGGACUCCUCUCCUGCUUGCAGGUGCUUUAGAUUAUCCAAUUGUGUUUACUGUGAAAGGUUGGGAAGGUCCUUUUAGAUUUUCCUUACCUACCAGAGGGCUGUGAAGGUACUGUCAUGUCGUUAAAUUUUCUGUACUGUCUGACAUGAAUGGUUCCUACCAUGACAGCUGACACCACCGUGCUGUAGUACAACACCUCUAACCAACACAUGGAAUAAUAGGACUUGGUGUGAAAGUGUCAUGUGAUAUGGAAAAUCUUGGCAGCUCACUUUUCAUAUAUCUUAUUAGAAGCUUCUCUGUGUUGGUUUAGCUAAUCGGGUUUUGUUUUGUUUUGUUUUUUAAAGCACAAUUAGGUAGGAAAAUGUGUGGCUUUUAAAUCAAAGCAGUCCUCAACCACAGUGCUUAUGCCCCGCUAUUGGGGGAGGGAGGGUCUUCUGUGAGCUCCCAGAAAGCUUCAGUGUUAACUGCACAGAUUUGCUGAUUAAAAUGGGUUGUGCAAAACCUUCACGGAUGGCAAGUGGCAUGACACAGUAGUGAUAGUGGGUUUUAUUAUACAGCUGAACUCAGGCUAGUCUUACGAAGGUUUACACACAAUUUCCUGUGUCUGGGACUGACUUUUGAGUGAAUUCAUUGUGCAUUUUGGUUUUAGGUGGAAACCAGUAAAAAUCCAACCCCAAACUGUAUGAUGCUUAGGCGGGUGGUGUUCUUUUAAACCCUUGUGAACGCAUACUUGAGAGAUGCACACUGACAAUUAAUUUCAUAUAGCUCUACCCAGGAAUUUUCACCUCUACCAAGCAGUCAGUGUGAGUGAAAGACAAAAGGGAUGAGAAAAUUUCCCAUCCAUUUCCAGGGACAAAAAAUUAUAUAAGGCCCCCACCUCUUCACCUCCUCAAAGUGACCAGUUACUGGCACCAGUAACCUUUCCCUGUCAUCAGUGCAGGGGUGGACAAACUCUUUUGAUACGUUUGUCCAGUUCUUCUUUUUAAUAUUUUAAAUUGCAGUCUUGAAAUAAUACAUUCUUUUGAGAACAGAUUCUUGAAAGAAUACAGUGAAAGGCACACAAAUUAUCCCAGUAAACAGGGGUACUGCUUUUCUCCCUAAAGCUGCUCCAGUUCUUAUGCGUUUACAGCGCUAAGUCCUCAGAUAGGAAAAAAGGAGAACACAAGCAUAUAGCACUAAAUUAUAUUAAACUUGAGAAAAACCUUUUCAGGGCUUUUUGUUGAUUUUGACUAGUGGAAAGAAGAGAACAUUUGGAUGAGCAGUAAAUUAAAAGAGAAAAUAUGACCCUCUUUCUCAAGGUCAUCACAUUAGUGUUGCCAUUUUAGGUUGGAAAGGGAACUGUCAGAAUAAUUUAUAUUUACAAAAAAGCACUUUUGCUAGUUUUAGGAGCACUAAGGGCUUCUCUAGGACUUCUACAAAUGACUCUGUCUGACUGCUGUAUGCUGCUGCCUGUCCUAUGCCCAGUUUUAGAGCUUCCAGUUUUUGAACAGGAGGGCAUCAAUGGUGCGGUUCAUCUCAUCUGACUUUAGCCAGCUGAAAAUUGGGUGCCUUGUCCUGAUCAGCUGUGCAAGGACACAGUAGUCAACACAGAGAGAGCUUGCCAAAGGCUGACUCAGUUCAUCCUAACAUUAGUAUAGGAGGUGCCCACUGGAAAUUCCUGUCCUCCCUUGCAGAGAAUCUUGGCUUCUAAAUUUUUAGGUGGCUAAAUUUAGGAAACUUUUCUCCCACCUCAAAAUUAUUAAUGUGUGCUUAAUUAUUGAAAAGCACAUAUGUGACCUUUCAUGAAAUAUUCCCCGAAGUGUAAUAGUGUGACUGAUGAAGGAAUAAUAUAGUCCUGCAAAACCCGACCCAAAUGGAGAAUUGUUUCUAACAUUGUUGUUCUGCCAGUUCUAACAACUGUCUCUGGGGCUGACUGCUUCUGCUAAGACCGUGGGCAAGCUUUCAUCAUUCCUUCUUGGAAGCAGCCCUUGACAAAUUUGGAUGUUUUUGCUAAAAAUGGAUUUCUCUGAGAAUUCCUGAGGUAGUAUCUGUGCCAACGGGAAUUUUCCAUUAUAAUUGUUGUGGUAUACCACACUAUCUAGUUGCUGCCCUGAAAAAUACACAGAGAAAUACAGAAGAGAGAAUUUGAUCAAGAAAUCACCCCAAGGGGAUCAAGAGAGAUUUCACAUAGUAAGACAAAAGCCAUUUAUUGAAAAUGGUCACUAAAGUCAUGAAUGCAAGCCCGGUGGAUAACCAACCAUGUCUAGUUAAACACCAUCCAGAAAUGGAACUAAACAUGAACCAAAAUGUUUGUGAGUCUUGCUUCUUUCACCAAUGUUGACAGUUUUUCCUAUCUGUGUUUUCUUUUUUUUCUGUGUCUCUCUGGGUUUUGUGAUGCCAGCUGGAAGAAGAUAUGCUGGAAUCCUGUUCCCUGCCCCUGCAGCGAAUGGUCCCCAGGCGAGACACAGUGUAUAGGGAUAGAACUACUGAGCUCAACCUUUCUGUCCCGGAUCCAAAGGUUUAGGUGACAGGUAUCGUCCAUCCUCUGUGCAGACUGACUGAUGCAGAUAGUGCUGCUUAGCAGAAAGAAAAUCUAAUGCUGUGCUUACACAGCCAUCUGAUGCUACUAUCAGUACUGGCUUGCAAAUAGGUUGAAUCCUGUAGAGCUUGCUGUGCGACACGGUGCUGGCCCCGGAGAGGCAGGCAGAAUGAGCAGGGGCAGGGUGGAACCUCCUCUUCUGGCGGCAACAGAGGUCUUAUGCUAGAUUUAGGUGAAGUUGUUAGGUAACUGGGAUGGCAGCAGUAACUGCAUCCGUUUGGGAUUGUAUGACAGUUUUUCCAUUCUCUAGGAGGUGAAGGUGCUGUAGUGUCAAGUGUAAAGAUACUAAACUUCCACCUGGCUUAGAGGAGGAAGGAAUUGGUUUAUUCAUAGAAUGUGUAUGACUUCUGAUAAAUUGUUCCUUUACAGUCUGGGAUCUUUCUUGGCAGCAUCAAGCCCUCUGCUCUUUUGGUACAGUUGAAAGUACACUGAAUUGCCCUAAGUAGCCUCUGGAGUUCAUGCUGGGUUUAAGAAUUUGGGCAGCAGAUUGCAGAGAUGUACUUGAUUGAACUCAAAAGCGGUACCACACCAGGAAACAUAUAUUUGGAAUUGCACUUUUAAUGCUGUUCUUUAAUGCUGUGCCACAAGGUUUGAGAUGAAUGCUGCUAGAAUUGGUGCAGGCCUAAUAGCCAAACUGUGGCUACUGCUGGAAUUUACAGUAGCGCCCAAAUGAGCUUGUUCAUAUGCUAGGUAAGAAAGGUUCAUUCCUUUUUCCCAGAGCUGCUCUUGGACAGGCUCUUUCCUUUGCCAUCAACCUGCGCAGGUAGGAUACUGAACAUUAGGGGUCUGUUGCCAAAGAGAAGAGCCAAAGGGGAGAGCCCGGUUGAAAUGCCCUGAUGCUCUGCAGGGGUCUGUUCCAAUGCUGGGACGGUCCCCUGAGAGACAACGUCUUUUUUUCCAUGGGAACUGCAUCGGGGUCCACACCAGGGGGUAGGGCAACCCUGCGCUGUGUGACAGCAGGGCACAACUGAAGCCCUUCCUUGUGCCCAGAGGGAGCCUGGAGCCUGCACCAACAGGGACAACAAGCUGGCGGCGCAGAGGGUGAGGGCGGUGCCUCGGGAGGGUGACAGCAGCAGCCUUGCUCCACCUCUGUGUUUUGGAGCCCGAGAAGGGACCCUGCCCUCGGGGAAGCAGCAUCUGUCCUGUGCUCCUGCUAGAUCCGUGCACGUCCUCAGCGCUGAACUCAGUGGAGUCUUACGUGGAGGCGUAAGAACUCUGCAAGAGCUUGGGGUUUCCUGUAUCUAAUACCAUGCAUGUGUUAAUAGUACUUGAGCCAUGUAGUUAGAAAAUACCAAGUAGAGAUGAUACGUCUUUACCCGUGCAGCCAAUACGGCAGAGAAUCAGGGCGUGCACAGACGAGUUUAGGCUCAGGAUGGGCUGCUGCGGAGUUCAUCCUUUGUUUUGGCUGAAAGCAUGAGAAAUUCCUGCCCAGCCAGCAUAGGGCAAUCAGAGGCACUCUCCACUUUGUACGUAGUGUUUCCUUCUCUUGGGUAGUUUUCAAAUCAGUAACUGUACAAGUGAAACCUGUCCUAGAAGUUCAGCCAUUCAAAAAAGGAGGCUUUUCUGCAGCGUGUGGUCACAGCACAAGAACAAUUCAAUUUCUCUGCUACCUUGUUUAUUUCUGUGCCCAUACAAAUGUGGAAAAGACCUGGACAAUUUAAAAUGACUUACUGACCUACCAAAAAAAAAGCAUGUGUUAUUUGGUGAGUAAAUAAACUAUCUUGAUGUUGUCUUUGCAGAGAUUCAGAAAAUACAGAUGACAGAAUUUCUUGUUGCUAGGAAUUUUUGUAUUUGACUUUUGUCUAUGGCCUUCGAUAUAAAAUAUCACACAUUGUGAAGUCUGUUCACUGUUAAGUUCCGUAUUUACAAAGGGUUUAAAAACACCCAGCAGACUUUUGGCUUUGUGCAGAUACUCAACACUGGUGUGAUGUUCCAGCGGCCCAGUGAUGUACCCUUAAGUACGUAUGAAACUCAGCGCUGGACUGUUUGACCUCUGCAGUGCUCUCUGGGUAUCUAGGACUAGUUGUGAAAGGGCAGGAUUAUUCAGGACAGCAGUUUCUUGUUGUUGUUGUUGAAGUUGUUACUUGUGGGGAGCAAAGUUUGUGAAUUUUAGAGAUGAAGUAUUGCUGAAUAAUAAUUGGCAGUCGUAUCUGCUUUAAAAUUUCCUCUCUCUUGAGCUGCUGGAUGAAGUCUGUCCAAUAAAAAUAACUUCCCCUAACAAUAACUGCCCACUUCCAUUUGCUCAUGAAAAGAAGAAAUUUGAAGUAAAUGGGACUACACAUAAUGCUGCAUUCAUGAACUGAUGUCAUAACCUCAUGACUUACUGAGUGUAUGAAGCCAGAGCCCAGGCAAGUAAUGUAAUGACUUUUUCAAAGCUGCCAAAUCGAAGCCUUGGGGUAGGGGAAUGAAGGGUAUCAGCUUAGGUCAAACUGAAAUAACUUUUAUUUGGCAUUUUCAGUUAAAUGAAUAAUCAGAAUGGCUAUGGUCAAUUCAAAACUGAACACAAAACAUGUUUGUGGAAGGUUAUUUACAUUCUUUCUUUUGGGAUUAAUUUCCAUUCUUAAAGAAUGCUGUUUUGAAAUGAAAAGUUUAAAAAAAUCCACCUUUUAUUUAUAUUUUGGCAUGUGUGAAAUUAACUGUUUGGGGUUGGGUAUUUUGUUUGUUUGUUUGUUUUUGUUUUUUGGUUGUUGUUUUGUUUUGUUUUGUUUUUUUUUUAAGUUCAUAUUUUAAAAAAUUCCAUCCAUUAGGUUCAGCGAACGUCCCUUAAGGAUAUUCAGUGAAUUUAACUGCCCUUGGGCAGGUUUGGCCCUGAACCUGCAGCCUCGCAGUGUCAUGCAGUGACCCCAUUUCUAGCAUCAGAGUUUGGCCAUCUGGGUUUCAUCUGUGUCUUCUUGUGUCAGUGGGAAAACUGGUUCAUUACACAGAGCUGGCUACAGAUAAUCAAGACACUUUUUGCAGCAGUGCCAGCCAUCCUCCUUAAAAGCACUUAACUCUAUUAACCUGUUUACCAUGGUUAUUUAUGACCUUCCAGCCACGUGCUGUCCAUUGCUUCCUUUUCUUAUUACUUCCUUUUCUUUUUACACCAGCUGUCAGACUCGCUUCCCUCCUCUUUCCGUUUCUCAUUCCAUUGCAAGCCAGGAGGCGAGUCUCCCUUGUUUCCCACCGAGCAUGCACUCAGUCAGUGGUACACAUGGCGUACGGGGUGGCUAACCUACAACUUGAAGUAACUUUUAACACAGUCAUUAGAGAGUAUGCUAACACCACAACUGCUCAGAUAUCUGGCGUAUGGAAUGCCGAGCCAGGGUGGGAAUAAAAGCUCCCUGCUAUGCUGUGCUUCCCAAGUGACACUCACUGUUUCCCUCCGUACUGGCUUUUAUUUGAUUUUGAAAAUGAGGAUAUGUUCAGUUUGUUGCUGUGUCAAUAUUAAGUAUAUAUUUAUUGUUUUUCAGACAUACAUACAUAUAUAUAAAUGCUAUAUAUAUAUAUAAUGUCAACGCAUGGACAUAUGUACAGUAGAUAUUUUAAAGAGCUAUUUAUCAAGAAAAGUAAGUGUUAUAAGUAAACAGAGUUUAUAUUUUAUAUAUUAUGUAGAUAGCAAAAAAAAAAAAAAAGUGGUUAAAUUAUAGUAGGACUUUUGGGGGUGGGGUUGGGGAAACGGGCAGGGACUGGUUCUAGCAUUUUAAAUAGCCAAACUACUUUGUACGGAAGCUGCCUGCUGUGCCUCUCGGCUGCAAUAUCUGUUUGUUUCUUCUUCUGGAAGAUGAUGUGCAUUGUUACUUUUACAUUGCUUGGGGAAUGUAGUUAGUUUAUUCUCAGCCAACUGGUAUGUGCUGCUUAAAACAUGGUUUCCUGCUGUUCUGCAUAUUUGCAUUGAUGGAAUAAAAGGAUCUUAACUGGCAAAUAAAGAUGUAAAAGGAUGUAAAA